AUGCCGUUCAUGAUAGGAAGAGCACCCAUUCGACGCACUCUAAAUUACUUGAACGCUGGAAAACUUGUUCUUAAAGAUAAAAUUAAGGUCUUCUCUGUAGCUUACAAUAUUAUCGGCCAAAACAAUGCAGGAGCUAAAGAUUUCGUUUUCUGGUAUUUACCACAGAUCCAGUAUAAAAAUCCAGAUGUCCAAGUAGCUACAUUAAAGAACCUAACACCUACACCAUUUAUUAAAUGUUACUUAGAGGAUGGUAAACAGAUUUUGGUAGACAUUGACAAUAAAUCAAAAGAAGAGAUCCUUGAACAUCUUUUACAUACUAUUGGGAAAUCAAAAGAUGUUCUGGAAGCUGAAGCUAUAGCUGCUGAGAAGAAAGAUAACCCUGCCAAUUUUGGUGCUGGAUGUGAAAGAGCUUGCAUGUGUGAAAUUUAUGGACAAGUCCCUUGUUCUGGUGUUGUAACCUUACCCAAAGUGAUGAGAGGAAAAUAUAAAAAUGCAGAUUAG